AUGGAGAGAGGUGUCGCAAGAGGUCCAGCAUCAGGGCAAUCCUCCAAGGGCUCAAGCCACAUUGACAAAAAGGGCCUCACCUGCGUUUCAGUCCUAGAUCAGGGGCGCCCCUGCCAAGAAGAGAGUGUGUGUGUGGAAGGCCUCAGCCCUUUUCUAGACCUUAGUCACCCACAAGGAGCUCCCACUGACGGGGGCACAGUGGUGUGUGGUUGGUGGAGAGAUGCCUUUGGCAAGAACACAUGCCUUGUGAGCUUUCAACAGAUUCCCCAUAAACGGGAGCCCUACACGUGUGAGGAGUAUGGGAAGGGCUUUGGACAGAGCACACGUCUCGUUCAACACCAGAGAACCCACACUGGCAAGAAGCCGUACACGUGUCGGGAGUGUGGACGGGCCUUCAGCAAGAACUCGUCCCUUGUUAAGCACCAGCGCAUCCACACAGGCGAGAAGCCCUAUGCGUGCAGCCGCUGCAGCAAGCGCUUCCGAGAGAACUCCUCCCUGGCCAGACACCAGCGGGUGCACACGGGCGAGAAGCCGUUCGCCUGCGGUGAGUGUGGGCGCACCUUCAGCCAGAGCACUCACCUUGUACAGCACCAGUGAGUCCACACUGGGGAGAAGUCAUUCGCCUGUGGUGAGUGCGGCAGAGCCUUUGCUGACUCCUCAGCCCUCCUGGUCCACCACAGAACCCACACGGGAGAAAGGCCUUACGAGUGCCGCACGUGCUGCAAGGCAUUCAGCCUCAGCUCCUUGCUGGCCGAGCACCAGCGCUGCCACACGGGAGAGAAGCCAUACGCAUGCCAGGAGUGUGGGAAAACCUUCAGCCAGAGUUCGUCCCUCAGCAAGCACCUGAGGACACACACAGGUGAGAAGCCAUAUACCUGCAGGGACUGUGGCCAUGCUUUCAGCCAGAGUUCCUCCCUGGCCAAACACCAGCGCAUGCACACUGGAAAGCGGCCUAUGCAUGUAGAGAAUGCGGAAGACCUUCAGCCAGGGCUCCUACCUGACCCGGCACCUCAAGAUCCACAGCGGCGAGAAGCCGUUCAUAUGUGGUGAGUGCAGGAAACCCUUUGGCGAUUCUUCAGCCCUCGUCCUGCACCAGCGGGUGCACACAGGUGAGCAGUCUUCAGCCAGAGCAAGUUCCUCACCCAGCAGGAGAGGAUCCACACUGGGGAGAAGCCCUUUGUGUGUGGCGACUGUGGAAGGGCCUUCAUGCAGAGCUCCUCCCUCACCCUCCACCUCAGGACACACACCGGGGAGAAGCCCUACAAGUGCCACGAGUGCGGCAAGGCUUACAUCCAGAUGUCGCACCUUACUGAGCACUACCGGGUGCACAUGGGGGAGCGGCCCUACGUGUGCAGUGUGUGCAGCAAAGCCUUCAGCCAUGGCACACGCCUCGUGCAGCACCAGCAUGUCCACACAGGCGCAAAGCCCUUCAUAUGCAGCCUGUGCCGGAAAACCUUCUGCAAGACUGCGGCCCUCAUUCUGCAUCAGAGGGUUCAUGCUGGACAGAAGCCCUUUGAGUGUCACAAAUGUGAGAAAGUCUUCAGCCAAAGCAGAUCUCUGGCCCAGUAUCGGAAAAUUCAUUCCCAGGAGACACCAUGUGAGUGCAGUGAGUAUCAGAAAACCCUCUGCAGCUGUUUCGUCCUCAUCCAUCAGUGAACUGGGUGUGUGCCAAACAUGGUAGAGACCUAUCUGUCCUUGGUGUGGUGGUCUUCAUGCAGUGGAGGGUCCUGUGAGUGUCAGGAACUCCAGGCCAGUGCAGAGCAGCCCUCUUGCACAUCAUACGCCCUCUCUGCAGGGUCACCGGGUUGGGUGAGGAAGCCAGAGCCUUCAAGGGAAGCAACAGCCCCUCCAUUUUCCAUCAUACAGGUUCCCACAGAUGUCUACCAGGCGGUAGGAGAGAUCCACAGGUGUGGAUAGUCUUCUCAGCAGGUCUGGAACAGAGCUCAUUUCAGUUUUUGCCAAGGCAAAAAUGAAAAAAACAAAACAAAACACCUUAAAAAGAUGCUUUUUGGGGGCGGCUGGGUAGCUCAGUCGGUUGAGCGUCCAGCUCUUGGUUUUGGCUCAGAUCAUGAUCCCAGGGUUCUGGGAAUGAGCCCCGCGGCCGGGAGUCUGCUUCCCUGUCUCUCUCCCUCUGCCCCCACCACCUGCUCAUGCACUCGCUCCCUCUAAAAUCGGUAAGAAAUCUUUAAAAAAUAAUUUCAAAAGAUGCUUUUUCAGUUGUUUGUACCUUGUAUUAACUCAAGCCAUAUGGUUUUGUUUGCUCCUCUGUCAGAAAGUAAGGUUUGUGACGCUGAAACGUGCUGUGUCACAAAGUCACAGUCUUUAUUUUAUUUUAUUUAUUUUAUUUAUUUGACAGAGAGCACAGGCAGGGGGAGUGGGAAAGGGAGAAGCAGGCUCCCCGCUGAGCAGGGAGCCCGGCAUGGGGCUGGAUCCCAGGACCCUGGGAUCAUGACGUGAGCCGAAGGCAGAUGUUUAAUGACUGAGCCAUCCUGGCGCCAAAGUUGCAGUCUUUAAAAAGACUUUAUGUGUCAUUCAUCAGCUUCCACAUGAGGACUUCAUUAAAAUCACUUGAGCCAGUGACUUUCAAGUAAGACCUUAGCACUUCGUAAGCACUUAUACACAUUAUUCCAUUUCAUCCUCUCAGCACCCCCGGGAUGCAGAUAUUUUUAUCCCCACUUCAUAGACAAGGAGCUGAGAUUUUUUUUUUUUUUAAGACUUUCCUAUUUGAGGCGGGGAGGGGUAGAGGAGAGAGAAUCGCAAGCAGACUCAGUACUGAACACGGACCUGACGCAGGGCCCGAUCUUAACGACCCUGAGACUAUGACCAGAGCUGAAACCAAGAGUCAGACGCUUAACUGACUGAGCUACCCAGGUGCCCCAAGGAGCUGAGGUUUUGAGAGAUUAAAUCACUUUCCUUAGGCCCCCAGCUAGAGGCCACUCACAUCAGGAUGAAAAUACUAGAGUUAGCAUAUGGGGACAGAGGGACAACAGUCCCUCCAUCCCUUUCAGCAUAUGCAAGGGGGUAUUUACUGUUAAGGAGGCAGCUCUAGGGGCGCCUGGGUGGCUCAGUCGUUAAGCGUCUGCCUUUGGCUCAGGGCGUGAUCCUGGCGUUCUGAGAUCAAGGCCCACAUCAGGCUCCUCCACUGGGAGCCUGCUUCUUCUUCUCCACUCCCCCAGCUUGUGUUCCCUCUCUCACUGGCUGUCUCUCUAUUGAAUGAAUAAAUAAAAUCUUUAAAAAAAAAAAAAAAGGGAGGCAGCUCUAGAAUUUAAUAUUCUCUUGAGACUGGGAGAUGGCGGUGUGAUUGGGUCCAACCUGAAGAAGCAGGUUGAGCCAUCUGGCUGACUGGGAAGCCAUUGCUCAGUCCAGAUGUUGGUUACACCCCUGCUGGAGCCAUUCCUUUGUUCCAUCACAGGUGUGAGCCUUUCACUUUCCUGCACAGCUUCACUCAGGGGUUCUCUGUGACCAUCAGGUUGUGGUCUGGCCUUGCAGCCCCUGCACUCACCCACCAUAGCCCAUCUUUCCGGGUUCAUUUCCAGUCAUCCCUGUAUUGUCCAAGCCCAGCUUGUUUUGGUCUCCCGUCCUCAGCAUCAGCUCCAGGGCACCUCCUCACUGGCUGAAUCAGAAGCAGCCUGUCCUCCCCUCAUGUCCCCCACGGCAGGAUGAACGUUGUGUUGUCAUUGUCCAUGUCCUCAUUUAGAGCCCACCCUGGACCCAGAGCCCCUUUUUUAUUAUUAUUUUUAUUUUUUAAAGAUUUUAUUUAUUUAUUUGACAGACAGAGAGACAUCAAGAGAGGGAACACAAGCAGGGGGAGUGGGAGAGGAAGAAGUGGGCUCCCAGCAGAGCAGAGAGCCCGAUGUGGGGCUCGAUCCCAGGACUCUGGGAUCACGCCCUGAGCCGAAGGCAGAUACUUAACGACAGCCACCCAGGCGCCCCCCCAGAGCCCCUUUAGCACACACCUGUCUCAGGUGCCUCUGUAGACCCAUCCCCUGGCAUGUGGCAGGGCCAAAACUGAGAGGGAAUGAGUGAGUGAACCAGUGAGACAACACAAAAUGACUGCAAGGAAGUCCCCAAGACCACCUUCAGGCUUAGUGACUCACUAGGACUCCUAGAACUCAGAAAAGUCUGCGAUAUUGUUUAUUACAGUGAAAAGGAUAUAAAUAUAACCACAAAAAUAGAAGGUACAUAAACUGAAAUCCAAGUACAAGCUUCCGUUUGUCCUCCCCCAAUGUAGUCAUACAGACUCCUUAGUACUCCCCACUAGGAGUGACAAUACACAUGGAGUAUUGGCAGCCAGAGAAAGUGACUCAAGCCUGGUGGCAUUUACUGGGGGUUGGCCACAUAGAUAUGGAGUGCCUGCAUGACUGACCUUAGUUUCUGAGCCUCCAGCUAUCUCAGAGAUCAGCCUGGUAAGAGUGUGACUCCAGGUCCCAUCAUAAAUCAUGCAGACUGUCUGGUGCAAGCCUAAGGCCCCCAGUAAGGAAAAACACUCUUACCAGGUAGGAUAUUCCAGGGGCUUAGAGGUUCUCUCAGGAGCCAAUCUCAGGGGCCAAUCCAUUCUUUGUAAUGUGCAGUUUGGACACCCCAGGUCUACUGAGUUCUACUCUUUGCUGCACAGUGACCCAGCACAGCUGGUGACCAGUGAGGCCUCCUCACCCAGCCAACUGCCACAGCUACUACUGCAGCACCCGAGAGAGAAGAGGCAUCAGCCAACUGGAGGUGGUGUCAGUUGGGUUACUCAGGAUUCUCCCAGAAGAGACAGCUUGGUUUUGUAGGGACAAGGCUGCCUCAGGGGCUGCACCUUCAGGAGAGCAUCCCAUGUGAGCCCCAGGGACCAGGCUGAGAGGCAGGAGAGCUGGGCAGCUGGUGAGUCUCUGAGGUACUACAUGGCAUGGACGGGGCACGCUUGCCCCAGACCACUCACUCAGCCUCUGUGUAAACAGGGACCAUGUCUUGGCAGCAAGGUGGAGAGACGAGGAGGGAUGUGAUAGCACCAGCCCUCAGCAGUUUGCUUCCUUCCCACGGGGUGGUCAGGCCUAAGAACCGCCUAAAUCCAGCUCCUUGGGCUUGAAGUCCAGCACUACUGCAAUGAGCUCUGGGUCUUUACUCUCUGCCUCAUGUUCCUCGUCUGUAAAAUGGAGAUGGUGACCCCCUCCCUGCGAGGAUUUAACAUGUUAACUUGUAGAGAAAGAAUAUGUCCAGUGUGAGUGUUGUUCCACCAGGAAGCAGCUUCAGCCUGAGGCAGGUCAGUGAUGGUCAUAGACUGGCCGCAGUUGGGCGACGAGAAAGAAGUGCAGCCAACAGCUAGCAUGAAUGGCCCUGCAGGAGCGUGGCUGGCGGGGCGGGGGGAGAGGGCCAGUUGUGGAGGCACAGGCUUUCAGAUGGGAAACACCUGAGCUUUUCUGGCACCUGAUGGUCAGGGCAGAGGCUGGCACAGCACCACACAGAAGCAGGGCCAUAACCACAGAAGGUCCCUGGGGCAGUUCAUUCUACCCUUAAGGCCAGACAGUCUUUAGCUGCUUUGCCCAUUACUACUGAUGGCUCACCUGUGUGUGUCUCAUAUCAAACAUCUGUGUGUAAAGAGCUGUCCAGACACUGCACACAGGGCAGGGGAGCUGGGGGCACUGGCUGCAGGAUGCAGAGGCGGGGCAUCCAGGACCAGCCAGACCAUCCUGGGGCAGGAGGCAAGGAGUCCAUGGGCCCUCAAGGCUCUCACUUCACUCCUUGGGGGGUGUGCAUCUGCACCUGAACACACCCUCACAAAACAUCCCACAAUUGCACAAGACCCUCUCUGUGACCAAACUGCAGUCAGGCUCUUCUGAGCAGUUUUUGAUGAGGCCUCAAACCUCAAGCUCCUGUGGCCUUCAUUAUACAGUCUAGCCAAGUCAAUUUAGUAAGAAUCUCCCGCCCUCUUCUUGCCUGGAAAAGGAUCCUCAGUAGGAUCUCUUCUGGUUCCCUGAGUAGGCCUCCGGAGCGGCAAUGUCUUUGAAGGCAGAACCCCAUGAGAUCUCUUUUCUGAAGACCUCCAUUAUUACCCCCAUGAUGAACUGCAGCAGGUCUUUGAAUAUGCUCUGUGGUCACCUUCCUUGAUCUGAAAGAGACCAAGAUCACAAAUGUCAACUUUGUUGACUUGCUAAGCUGAAAAGAAAUCAAAAGGAUUGAUGAAGUGGAUGGAAUUACUGGCUCAAUUCUUCACCCCUCCUUGUGUACAUACCCUUGGCCAUUAUUUGUGGUUCCUCUCACUAAAGGCAGCAUGGAUACCUCUUCCUUGACUUUGGGUGACCAUGUGACUUGCUUUGGCCAAUAGAAUCUGAGUGGAACUGCUAAUAUGUUAGUUCUGAGCCUAGACCUCAAGCCUGUAGGCAUCUCUGCCGUCACCGUGAGACAAAUUUGCCCUAUGAGCCUUACAAGACAAAUGCAGCAGAGAUGGACCCAACCUAUAGCCUGGAGCCAAGCCCAGACCAGAUUAGCCAAUUCUUAGACUCAUGAGAGAAAUAAGUGCUUACUGCUGUCGGUCACUGAACUGUUGUUAACUAUUCAUUACAGAGCAAUAACUGAAUGAUACAACUGCCAAAUUAAAAUGAAUACUCCCUGAAAAAGAUGGGGUUUGAAUUCUGGGGAGAGGAUGAGAAAGAGAGGCAGAAAGGAAGAGACGAGAGUGUAUUCAGGAAAACCCAGAGGCCUAGAGCACUGGUCCAAUAAUCAGAAUAAGCAUAAAAGGUGUCUCCCAAACUCUGGGGUAAUGGAGUGGAAGGGCCAUGGUGGGUAUGGAAAGUAAGUGAGAAUCCAGUUAAGCAGCUUCAAGCAAGGGAACAUUGUCAGUCUGCCAUUCAUUCAUUCACUCAUUCAUUCAUUCAUUCUUCAGCAAUUCUUCUUGGGGCUCCAAUCUGUGCUAAACACCAAGGAUGCCCUGGCCUCAGGUCAUAGAACAGGCAGGACUCCUCUCAGUUCUAAGAGCACACACUCCCAGUCUGGACAGAAAGGAAGGCCCUGAGGAAAGCUUCCAUUGACUUUCCAGGUCACCCCACACCUACUGUCAGUCCAGGCUCGUUACUUCCUGGCACGUGGGUCUCCUCUGGCUGUUGCCCUCUCUCCCCUCUCCUCAAAAGCCUCCCAGAAAGUAUCCCCACACUCAUACCAAUGCCCCUUCAUCCCACUAUAGGCUGAACUGGGUCCUGCCCAAAUUCACAUGUUAACAUCCUAACCUAACCCCCAGUAUAUCCCAGAAUGUGACUGUAUUUGGAGACAGAACCUUUAAAGAGAUAAUUAACAUUAAAUGAAGUCAUAUAGGUGGGCCCUAAUCCAGUGACUGGGAGGGAGAGAAACCAGGGAUAUGCUAAUAAGGAAAGGCCAUGUGAGGACAGAGCAAGAACAUAGCCAUCUACACAACAAGGAGAGACGCCUCAGGAGAAACCAACCCUGCCAACACUUUGAUCCUGGACUUAACAGCAUCAAGAACUGUGAGAAAA